AUGCCGAUCUUAUUGGCCGUCGUUCUCUCCAUUCGGUGUGUUUCAUUUUGCAAUGUGGUGUUUGACGACGGGUUCACGUGCAAGCGGGCGCUGCUAGCGAGGCGCACAGCUCUGGAUGACAUGUACCAGGGCGUUCCAACUCAUGCACUACCCCCUGCUCCGUGGUUCACAGCAAAGCCCAUUUACUGCGAUGGCAUGAAGCUGCCCUGCUCCAUUCGGGCAGCUACAAUUUUCGACGUGCGCCCGUCCACGGGACUGCCAGCCAGUGUCGUUGCCCAGUUAAGAGAAAAGGAGGAGGGAGCAGCAAAGCUUCGCAGAGGGGAUGGCGCAGGGGUGAAUGCUGGAGUAGGAGGAGGAAUUUUCCACGCCAGUAGUAAACAGCAAAGUGGCCGUUUAGGGGCAGGUUUUGCUGCUGGCGUUGCUAGUAGCAACGGUGCAGGUGGUGAUGGAGGAGAGGAAGGAGGGGGAGGGGAAGGCGGCAUUCUUGACAGGGCCCUGGAGGAGAACAGUUCGGAUGCAAUGGAGGGGGUCACUGUGAACGGGGACAAUCUGUCAGGGCUGCAUGGAUCAGGCAUGGCUCCUCGGCGUGCUCGUGGCCCUGGUGGCAAUUCCCGGGGUUCUGCUGGUCGGCGUGUGGUGGACUGGGAUGCUCCCGUUUCUGAGGCCAGUGAGGGGGUGGUCGAACGGUUCGGAACUGCUUCUGAGCCAGAGGUACUCGCAGCCGCAGCUGCUGCAGCGGUAGCAAAAGCUGUUGGCAUGCCUGUGGCUCCGGCUUCUGCUGUUAUUCCUGGCAGUAUGGUGGCAAUAGAAGGGGCUCCCCCGGGGGCACCGUUAGUAGCACUCGUGCCUGUAGUCACAGAUGGCGAGGAUGGGCUGGCAGGAAGCAGGGGCGAGGGAGAAGAAAUCACUGAGGAUCUCCGGGAUGUUUUGCAGAAGGUCAGGGAAGGCAAGAGAAAAGCUCGGCCGAGCGUUUGGGAAAGAAUAGGACGAUCUGGAGAAGGUGGAGAGGAGGGCGAGAUGGGUAGUGAAGGAGAUGAAGAGGAUCGGGUGGUCGAUGAUGGGAAGGGCGGGGGGAGUGUGCUGGAAGGGAGGCUAGGGUUGGAGGGAAAGAAGAGGAUGGUUCGUGAUGCCGGCGGCACCAACCGUCUGUUCUUGAAAAGUGUUGCGUCAUUGCACAAUGGUUCGGAGGGUUCACGGGUACCUGGCACGGUGGUUGAAAAGAAGCGACCUUCUCGAAGUGUGAAGCAAAGGCUUGGAAGCAAGGUGGUGGUUCCGCAUGCUCUAAGUGAAGUGGAGUAA